CAAGAGAAGACAAAUUUGCAUAAAUUGUGGUAGACACUUUUGAGAAAGUAUCAGACAGAUCUCAGCAUUCAACAAGCUUAAACCUCAAGUCCUCACAGCAAUAACAAUCUCAAAGACAAUAUGAUGUUUAAAUUUGUGAUCCUUUUCUGUGUGAUUGUCGCUGCUGUCGCUAAGCCCGGAGUGCUUUCUUCUUCAAUUGGUAUUGCUGCUACUCCAGCCAUUAUAUCGGCACCAUCUCCAAUAGCUACUUUGGGUAGCAUCGGUACAAUUGCUUCGCCAUUGACAAUAAACAGUGGUUUAGUUUCGAAUGGUUUGAUCUCGAGUGGAUUAGUUUCUGGUGGAGUUUUGAGUGAUGGACUUUUAUCUGGUGGCCUUGUGUCAAGCAGCGGUCUUGUUUCUGGUGGGCUUCUGUCCGGUGGAAUUGUAUCCGGUGGACUUGUGUCUGGUGGACUUGUAGGCAGUGAAAUAGCUUCAAAUGGACUUUUGCCAAGUGAUCUUAUUUCUGGAAAAGUGAUUUCAAGUGGAAUUAUAGGUUCAGGCAAACAGCUGUUAUCAUCUGAAGGCUUGGUUUCAGGUGGAUUAUUAUCCAGUCAGAUAAUUCAUUAA